UUCCCAGCAGUCUCUGUUCGGACAUUAUCAUCAUCGGUCUGGAAAUGUCUAGCACUGUGCUGGUCCUACUGUUUCUUUGGCUGAGCUCAGCUCUGGGUUUACUGGUGCCCCAACAUUAUUGCGACAAUCACUUCAGAUACGCCUCGAAUGACGGUAACCGCACCUAUAUUGGCGUUUUCACAGCGCCCGAAACGCGAUCACGAAGUUUAAAUAUAAAUUUAAACUGGCAGGUGACAUUCGAAAUGCAAGGAAGACGCAACAUGUUUGUAAGCCCUCUUACCACUUAUCCCAGCAGUGAAGAGGCGGCCGUUAAUAUUAAGAACGGAGAGCCGCCACAGGUUUGGGUACACUUCGUCAAUAUUACCAAUGAGCUGCCCAAGCUGACCUCUUUGAAUCUCAACGGACAGGAGCUGUGCCACAGUGCUCCAUACAGAUUAAGAAAGACCAGAGUCACGGUGAAGCAUCAUAUGUACAUAACGAAAAUAAGGAAACCCAUUGUGCCCACUACAGAAGUGUAUCCACAGCUUUAUAGUAUAGAGUAAAUUGUUACCUAGUUUCCACUGAUUUACUUAUAAUUUUACUCACAAUUGCAAAUAUACUUCACCAUAUUAAAGAAAUC